AUGAGUUCUGAGAGAGAAAGCUGCAACUCUCGCCACUUCACAUGGUUUGUGAAGUCGUGCUUCCCCAGCCCAAACGACGCCGUCGCAAAACUCACCUCACCACCGCAGCCUCACCCGAAGUACCCUCCCCUCGCCACUACCCUAAGCUCCCUCCCCGACGACAUCGUUUUGGAUUGCCUCUCCCGUGUGCCCCCAGCCUCUCUCCCCGCCCUCUCCCUCGUCUGCCGCCGCUGGUCCCGCCUCCUCCGCUCCCCUGCCUUCUCCCACCUCCGACGUCGCCGCCUCCUCCUCCGCCACACCGCUGUCGCCAUCGCCGCCACCGACCUCGGCCUCUCCACAGCCACGCUCCUCGAUUCCGCCUGGCACCCCUCCCUCUUCGUUCCAUGCUUCGACGCCCUCUCCCUCCACAACUUCCACUCUCUACUCGCCCACGCGCGCGCGUGCUCCACUGGUCCCAGGAUCUACGUCGUCGGCAGAAGCGCCACGCUGCAGUACGACACUUGGACUGCCUCGGUCUCCACCCGCGCCGCCACGGUUUUCCCACGCAAAAAGUUCGCGCUAUCCUCUGUAGCCGAGAAAAUCUACGUCUCCGGCGGCAAUUCCCGGACCUCUGCCGUCGAAGAGUAUGAUCCGGAAACCGACACUUGGAAUGUUGUCUCCAACGCGCCACGUAUGCGGUACGGCUGCAUUGGAGCGUCGGUUGAUGGGGUCUUCUAUGUCAUAGGCGGGCUGAGAAUUGGCGCGUCGGAACAGAACUUGCUUCCACGCGCUUCCCGCGGAACUGAGGCUCACGCUGCGUACGCGAGUUCCAUGGAUUUGUUCGACGUGGAGGCGCGUGUGUGGCUCCGGAGUCGCUCGGUGCCUAAUGGAGGCUGCGUGGUGGCGGCUUGCGCAGCCGCAGGGCGCGUGUACCUACUCACAAGCCACGCGGUGGAGUACUCGUUUUGGAGCUUCAACGCGCGGAGGAAAAGAGACAAUGGGAGAGGAUUUGGAGAGUGGUGUAGGAUAAAGAGCCCGCCACUACCGGCGCAACUUAGAAUGGACACGAGGAUGAGGUUUAGUUUUGUGGGAAUUGGUGAUAAGGUGGUGCUGAUUCAGAGUUUGAAUGAGGUGAGAGGUGUGAAAGAAGGGUUUGUUUUGGUUUACGAUUGCGUCGCCGGAAAUUGGAGGAGAGGGGUGGAUUUGCCCGAGGUUUAUCGACGCGCCACCUAUGUGGGCGUCGAAUGCUAA